ACACACACACACACACACACUUCCGUUCUGAAAGCGGUUGUGCGCUGGACUCCUGCUAGUUCCUGGUUGUGGCGUGCAGUUGGAGUUCAGAUUAAACACCGCUCUGCACCUGAACACUGAGAUCAUCCACGUACAGCGCUGACCCUGAUGAGUGACGUGACUCAUUACAUCUUUGAACCCUGACAUCCUAUCAGUCUGCUAAUGACAUCACAGUUGUGAAUCAACGGAUACGAGAAACAUCUUUACGACUGAGCGAAAAUUCACUGGAUCCAGACGACCAUAAUCCUAUCCUCUGAAGAUGAAAGUCCAUGUGUAUGAGUGUAUGAAUGUGUGUGUGUGAGUGUGUAUGAGUGCGUGUGAGAGUGUGUGUGUCUGAUGUAGAUGGCAAAUCCGAACGUGUUUAGAGCUCAGAGAUGAGUUUCGAAGCCAUUCUGGAGGAGACUCUGAUCAAGCGGUCACAGCAGAAGAAGCGAACUUCGCCACUCAACUAUAAAGAGCGAGUGUUUGUCCUCACCAAGAGCAGACUGACGUACUACGAGGGACGUGCCGAGAAAAAGUUUAGGAAGGGCUCCAUCGACCUGCAGCGUGUCAGAUGUGUUGAGAUCGUAAGAAAUGGAGGUUUGGUCAUCCCAUGUGAAAAUAAAUACCCCUUCCAGGUGGUUUAUGAUACGAACACUCUGUAUAUUUUUGCUCCCAGUAAUGAGAGCAGGAGUGCUUGGGUACAAAACAUGAAGGAGGAGAUAAAGAACAAUCCUCAGAUCGUAACGAAGUUCCACCCACAGUUCUGGCAGGGGGAGUGGCUGUGCUGCGGUCAGGAGGAUAAACUCGCUCUGGGCUGUGAGGAGUACAACCUGUUCGGAGACAUUUCACGGAAACCGCUUCCUCCUAUUCCUAGUGCAGAGUCCAAAUCUCGACGCCCGCUGCCCCAACCUCCACCAAAUGAGGAAGAGGAGGAGCCUAAGGAGGAAGUGGUCAUAGCACUGUAUGAUUUUGAGGGAGCGGAAAGUCAGGACCUCACACUGCAUCAGGGGGAGGAGUACGUAAUAAUUGAGAAGUGCAAUGUCAACUGGUACAAAGCACGCAACAAAUACAAGGAGGAAGGCUACAUUCCCAGCAACUACGUGACCCCAAAGCAGCCAGAUAAUUUGGAGCAGUUUGUGUGGUACUGCAAAAAUGUGAACCGCAACAAAGCAGAGGAGCAGCUAAGGAGAGAGGAUAAAGAGGGAGGGUUCAUGGUGCGAGAAUCCAGUUCCGGUGCCUACACUGUUUCUCUAUACACAAAGUCUUUGAGUGAUGGAGGCUCAGCGAUUAGACAUUACUACAUUAAGGAGACUCAGAGCUCACCUAAACAGUUUUACCUGGCGGAGAAACACCUGUUCAACAGCAUUCCUGAAGUCAUAGAGUACCACAAACACAACGCAGCAGGUUUGAUGACCAGACUGCGUUAUCCAGUAAAUAGACAUAACAGAGCAGCACCAACAACAGCAGGAUUCAGCUAUGAUAAGUGGGAGAUUAACCCAUGUGAGCUGACCUUCAUGAAGGAGCUGGGCAGUGGGCAGGUCGGAGUGGUGCGACUGGGAAAAUGGAGAGCGCAGCACAAAGUGGCCAUUAAAGCCAUCAGAGAGGGAGCCAUGAGUGAAGAGGACUUUAUAGAGGAGGCAAAAGUGAUGAUGAGUCUGUCCCAUCCGAAGCUGGUUCAGUUAUACGGUGUGUGUACGCAGCAGAGGCCCAUCUACUUGGUGACGGAGUUCAUGGAGCUCGGUUGUCUCCUCAAUUACAUUCGGCAGCGCCGAGGUUCCUUCAGCCCUCAAAAUCUGCUCAGCAUCUGCCACGAUGUCAGCCAGGGCAUGCAGUACCUGGAGGCGAACCGUUUCCUCCACCGAGAUCUGGCUGCUAGAAACUGCCUCGUCAGCGACUCACAUGUGGUGAAAGUGUCAGACUUCGGCAUGGCUAGAUACGUUCUGGACGAUCAGUAUCUCAGUUCCUCAGGAGCAAAGUUUCCAGUGAAGUGGUCUCCACCUGAGGUCUUUAACUUCUGUCGAUACAGCAGCAAGUCUGAUGUCUGGUCCUUCGGUGUGUUGAUGUGGGAGGUGUUCACCGAGGGGAAGAUGCCGUUUGAGAACAACAUGAACCACGAGGUCGUAACCAUGGUGAUGCAGGGUCAUCGCCUCUAUCGCCCCAAAAAAGCUGCGCCACACAUCUACGAAAUCAUGCAGCACUGCUGGCAGGAGAGACCAGAGGAUAGACUAUCAUUUAAACAAAUCACACAAAUGAUCACGGAUGAGCUGGAAACAGAUGGCCACGCCUCCUGAUCACUGAUUGGAUGAUUUGACACUGUGCUGAAGCAUAACUGCUCAUAAUUCUCCUCAUUGGACCACACAAGUGAUUGAUGAGUGUGUGUGUGUGUGUGUGUGUGUGUGUGUGUGUGUGUGUGUGUGUGUGUGGGUAAAGUAUUGUACAUAAAGCAUAAUAAUGUGAACGGCUGCCUUUAUAAGCAUAUAAUAAAAG